CAGACGUUCAUUCCACAAAACUUACUAAUUAAAUGGUCCUGAAUGACAAUAAACUUGAUUUGAUUUUGAUUGGAAAUAACAUAACAGAGGCAGAAGUUACUUUGUUAGUGUCUAAAAAGAAAACACAAUUAGGCUAUUAGUAAUGUCUUGUCACUGGUAUAUACAAUUUACUAAAUGAUUUGACAAGUACAAAUAAAGCCAACAAUAUGACAGCAUUUGUUGAGAAAGACAAAAUUCCAUAGAUUUUAUUGUAAUAGAAGGCAAAGUGCAGCUCGGGUAAAAUUUAGUGUCAGAGAAACAGCAUGUGCUAAUUCUUCCGCAAAGAAAUCAUUUCACGACAGGAUGUGGUAAACUUCCCUCAGGCAACACCUAUCACCUAUAUACAACAGCAGAAAUCUAACACUGCUAUGGUCACGUUUAUUCAUUCUGUUAGCCACAGAGUACAAAAUGCACAAAGUACACAAGCUAUUCAUAAAGUCUAAACAUUUCAUUUUAAUUCAAGAGAUUUUAAAUUUCCUUUAUGUAUUCCAAGAAUCUAUCUACACAAUGAUUAAUUAGCUAUAAGGGCAACUGAUUGUGUAUAAAAUCAUAUUUACCCUGCAUUCCUGCCUGUAUUUAAGAACUUCUGGUGGCUACAUGGCAUGGACAUAUAAUAGCCAUGAAAUAAAACAAAAUAUAGAUUUGUUUUAUUCUCCAGAUUUGGAGUUGUGCAAGAGGCUUAGGCUAUAGGGCUAAUUUCAGUUUCCACUUCUCAAAUUGUCACCGUCACAAAAAGGUAUUGUCAGAGUCUGUGACUUGUUGUCACUAUGUCUUUACUCAAUGUGCAUCAGCUAUGCGAAUUAAAGGGCAUAACAGUGAAAAGCUGGACUUAUUUUUAUCCUUACAUUAAUUAUGGUGUUUAAUUUAGUUUUUGUUCCAGUUGCUCUUCUUGUACUUGAUUAGUUUGUAUAUAAAAUUUAAUAUGAAUAUUUUGUUGUUUCCCAAGUGUCUUAUUUGUGUUGCUACAACUUUAAUUUUUCUAUUUGCCUACAGUGUAAAUGAGACCUUCUUUGUUUAAGUUUAAAUAAAGGUCAAAUGAAUGCAUGUGAUUUCCUGGAUAACUGAAGGUGCAUAAAAUCAAAUGCAGCCGAUAGACGUAAAAGAGGAAGUCUUUAAAUCCUGUGUGAUAUAGUUUUUCUUUUUAGUUUUUUCUGUUCCGAAGAACACCAGCACCCAGAGGAGCGAAUCUGACUGACUCCUUCCCAGAAGACAGCAGAAUACCAAUUUUCUGCCUUUUAACAGACAGAAUGAAGAACAGCUCUUGUCUAGACAUCAACUUUGACUUUAAAAGCAAAUACCUGCCUCCAGUCCUCAUCACAGUGUUCAUCAUCGGUGUGGUGGCUAAUGGACUGGGACUGAAGUCUCUGAUGCACAACUGGAAGAAACUGGGGAUUGUCAAUGUCUUUGUUCUCAACCUUGGACUUGCAGAUAUUUUGUAUCUGCUCACACUCCCGUUUCUGAUGGUGUACUACAGGAAAAAUGAAUGGAUCUUUGGAGAGGAGUUCUGCAAGAUGACAAGAUUCUGCUUCAACCUGAAUUUGUACGGCAGCAUUGGGUUCCUCACCUGCAUAAGUGUGUACAGGUACCUGGCUAUUGUCCAUACAAUGAGAGUGAUGGGAAAAAUAACUGUCACCCACUCUGUGGCUAUUUCAGUCAUGGUUUGGCUGUUGGUGACUGUUCAGAUUCUUCCAGACAUGUUCUACCCCAAAACAACAUACAAAAACAACACCAUGGAUUGUUUUGACACCACCUCUAAAGACUAUGUUGAGGAUUAUCUGAACUACAGUCUUGGAUGGACAUUCACUGGAUUUUGUAUCCCAUUUCUCAUCACCCUGGGCUGCUAUGGACAUGUGAUUGCUGUUCUCUGUCGUACAAAUACCAUUGACAAGGUACUGAAACAAAGAUGUUUGGUGUUGUUGUUCAUCUUGAUUCUUCUCUUCUCUGUUUGUUACAUCCCCUUUCAUGUACUUAAGAAUCUCAACCUCUGGUCAAGAGUUCUGUCCAAACAGCGUAUAUGCCAGAAAUGGUUUAAUGGAGUCUUCAUCGCUCAUCAGAUAUGUCGUGGCCUUGUGUGUCUCAACAGUGCUCUGAACCCUCUGGUUUACCUCAAUGUAAAUGAAGGUAUUUGUACUCAGCUCAGACAGCUUCCCCAGCGAGCUCGCCAGGCUUUCACAAGGCUGUCUAGUCAAGAUCCUCUGGCUUUCUGCUUUUCAAGAGACACAAUGAAGAACAGCUCUUGUCCACGUAUCAACUUUGCUUUUCCAGGAAAAUUCCUCCCUCCAAUCUACAGCUUUGUGUUCAUCAUCGGUCUGGCGGCUAAUGGAUGGGGACUCAAGUCUCUGCUGCGCAACUGGACGAAACUAAAGAUCAUCAAUGUCUUUCUUCUCAACAUUGGACUUGCAGAUAUUUUGUAUCUGCUCACACUCCUGUUUCUGAUGGUGAAAAAUGAAUGGAUCUUUGGACAGGUGAUCUGCAAGAUGACAAGAUUCUGCUUCAAUCUGAAUUUGUACGGUAGCAUUGGUUUCCUCACCUGUGUAAGUGUGUACAGGUACCUGGCUAUCGUGCAUCCAGUGAAAGUGAUGGGAAGAUUAACUGUGUCUUACUCUGUGGCUAUCUCAGUCAUGGUUUGGCUGUUGGUGACUGUUCAGAUUCUUCCAGACAUGUUCUAUACCAAAACAAAAUACAAAAACAGCACCAGAAAAUGUUUUGACACCACUUCUAAAGACUAUGUUGAGGAUUAUCUGUACUACAGUCUUGGAUGGACACUGACUGGAUUUUUCAUUCCACUUAUCAUCACUCUGGGCUGCUAUGGACAUGUGAUCGUUGUUCUCUGUCGUAGAAAUACCAUUGACAAGGUACUGAAACAAAGGAGUUUGAAGUUAUUGCUCUUCAUGAUUCUUCUCUUCUGUGUUUGUUACAUCCCCUACCACAUACUGAAGAACCUCAACCUCACGGCAAGAGUUUUGCAAAGACAAAAUGUGUGCAGAAAGUGGUUUAAUGGAGUCUACAUCGCCUACCAGAUAAGUCGAGGUCUUGUGUGUCUCAACAGUGCCCUGAACCCUCUGGUUUACCUCCAUAGCAUGGAUGAUUGUCUCGCUUCGCUCAGAAAGCUGCUCCACGGAGCUCUUGAGGUGUUUAGCCAGACGCCUCGAACAAACUCUCACAGUGUGCCUUUGAGACAAAUCACAGACGUUUAGCACAAGAGCAACAUGUUUUAGUGUGACAUGUUAAACAUCCUGUGUUUUAUAUUUCCUAAAAACAAUAAUGAUAUUUUGUCUUCAGUAGUAAUUUCAUGCUUGUAAUACAGACGCUGAUUUGGCGCAAAAAAUGUUAACAUGGAAAAAGAAGUAUUGAAAUACACAGCUGAAGCUCAUCAGUUCUGUGUCUUACACCAAAAUACUGCAGAAUCCAGGAUUUAAAAAUUCAAAGCUUUGAGGUGGAUAAAGCAGUCAUGUUCUCCAUUGUAUGUUGUCAAUGCUUUGCUCAGUUUGGAAAAUUGACUGACCCUGUUCUCAUAGCUUCUGCUGCUGUUAUGUGACAAAGGUUCCUUCUGACUGUGACACAAACCUUCAGCUCUCCAGGGACUCUUUUAGUGUCACCUGGCUGUCACACUCAUCUCUGUUCACCACCGCUGUUCUCGUUUCCUCUUAUCCUGCCUUGUUACAACAAUGACGUGUAUGGCAUUCAAAACCUACCCCACUCUCAUUCUUUUGAUGUGAUGAUUCAGUCAUAUAAUCAUGUUAAUAAACAAUU